AAUCAGUAACAUCUAUUUCAAAAUUUUUUUUGAAGAAAUAUACAAGACAGAAAGCUAGAAGCCAACCAUGAGGAAUUUCUCAACCUUUGUCAUUCUUCUUGUUACCCUGCUUACUACCUUAGGAAAUGGAUCGGUAGUAGUGAGUGCCAAAACCUGUACAGUGCUGCUAAAACCCACACCUGAGUGUACUAAAAUCGAUUGCACUCAAGACUGUAUCAUCAAAUAUGGAGUCAGUGCUGUUGGGAGAUGUCAUCAAUUUCUGUCUUGUUAUUGUGAUUAUCCUUGUUAAUUUCAACCCAUGUUGAAAUGGUUAGAAUAAACCGCCACCAAUAACUAAUCUGGGCAAGAAAUACCUUUCUUCAUC